UUGCGCCUUUCAGAGUCAAAUUCCCAAUUCAAAAAAAAAAAAAAAAAAAAAAAAGAGGCGGAAGGGAAAAAACAUGAGCCUCGAAUCGGUGAAGCAGUAUCUGGAAGGAGUGAAGAAUGACGAGGAAAAGGAAUCGAAAGUGGCGAAUUUGCCACAGAGAUUCAUCGAGAGAUUCGUGACGAAAGGUAUUAAAGUAGAUCUCAUCGAACCCGGUCGAAUCAUCUGCUCCAUCAAAGUCCAACCUCACCUCCUGAACGCAGGCAAUUCCUUACACGGAGGAGCAACGGCGACUCUGGUUGACUUGAUAGGAUCGGCUGUGAUUUACACAACCGGACUUUCGAGCUCCGGAGUGUCGGUGGAGAUCAAUGUUUCUUACCUCGAUGCUGCUUUACUUGACGAAGAGAUAGAGAUUGAGUCAAAGGCUUUGCGUGUGGGUAAAGCUGUAGCAGUUGUGAGUGUUGAGCUGAGGAAGAAGAAGAAUGGUAAGCUUAUUGCUCAAGGUCGCCAUACUAAGUACCUUGCUCCUCGUACCAAGCUUUGAUUCUUAUUCGUUACUAGUCUCAUUUUCAACUCAAACAAAUAUGAAUCGGUUUGUCUUAUCUCAUCAUGUGUUUAUGUUAAUCACAUUAAACUAUGUUGAACGAGUUAAAAACGAUAUGUAUGUCUACACUUUAAACAUAAACAAUUCGAAACUAUUGUUACCGGCUAAUCAUGUUUACCGGCAUAAUC